GGUGUGCUGAAGCAAGUUGGAGUUAACUCUGCAGGAUACCAGCCCUCCGGGAUUGAGUUUGGAAACCCCUGUUUUAGAUAAUUAGACAAGAAUUAAGGGUACCUUAUGAGGAACUUUAUACACAAAAUGCUUACCAAGUAAGCUACCUUUGGUUUCACACAGCCUGUCUCAACCAAGACAUCCGUGAAGUCACCUUUUCCAUUCACCUCUGCAGGGGAAGGAGUUUGUGAGCGCCCUCCAAUGAGAACAGCGCUCUCUGUUGGUCUUCAAGCCUCAUGCACCAUCCCCUCGCAUCCCCCACCAAACUCACACGUGCAUGUGCACGCUCCUAUCUACAACACGGAAAAAAGGACAGGGAAACAAGCUUAUCUUGCAGAAAUUAUUGCACGAGGAGACGCUGCUGUUGAGUUUGGUCAGGAUGCUUCAUUCUCUUGUACGCUGCCAGACGCGUCUGCUGUCAAACAAGUCACCUGGCAGCGCGUGCGUGACCAGGAACCGGUACAAACUCUGGCUACAUACAGCGCGCUCUUCAACGAUUAUGUGGAUGAUCAGUAUGUCGGAAAGGUCAUUUUCACCACUGCGUCAGUUAAUUCAUCAUCCAUUGAGAUCAAAAACACAACAUUUGAUGACGAGGCUUGUUACAUUUGUUCCUUCAAAGUGUACCCAUUCCAACCUAAACGACAAACCUUGUGCCUCGCUGUUAAAGGUAUUUCAGAAAUAACAGCAUCAGUGAACACUGCACUCAGUUCUGAUCCAGAUGUUGUAGUCUCAUGUUCAGCUACUGGUAAACCAACUCCAACUAUCCACUGGAAAUCUGCAGAGAAAGAGCUGGACAACUUUUCAAGUAAUUUUACAACUCUGAAUAAAGACAGCUCAACCACCAUUACAAGCAACCUCACGCUUCCACUCUCACAGUUUCAUGGGCUGUAUGUGGAAUGUGUGGCGAAGAGUGACAGCAUGGAGAAGAGCAUCCAAAUCAAAUUGCCUGAAGUAGAAAAUAAAGAGAAUAAAGUCACAUUAAGAAAUUAUAUCAUUCCCAUACUGGUUGUGGUUAUCAUGAGUAUUGCCAUUAUUGCUACCUAUCUUCACACAAAGUUAAAUGAUAAAGUUCAAGAAUAUGCUUGUCUGGUUUGAACUUCUGCGCAGCUACUACUUUAUUCAUUAUUUUCCAAAUCUUUCUGAUGCAUUUUUGCAAAAAUCUGCAAAAAAAAUCAAUUCAUGAUUAAAUUAGUGAAUAAGCAAUUAUAUAAUGGUAUAAAUAAUACCUGUUCACCUGAGAAAGUCUGUAUUUUUCCACAGUUUCUUCAUCCUGCAUAUGCAUUUUAAGUUCUUUCAUGUUACAUUCUGUAUUCUUUAUUGUUGUGAGAUUUGUCUUUAGGAUUUUAAAUAGGUCUGUUACAGGCAGCUCUCUGAGUAAUAUGCUCAGCUUUAAUCAGUAAAAUGCUUAGUUGUAAGCUUUAAGCUGUUUGGUAUAUAUUGUGUUUGUGCUAUCAAUUAAGAAUAAGUAUAUCAAAUAGAAUAGAUGUGUUUGUUUUUGUGCAUUUAUUGUUUAUUUCACCCACACACACACACACAUAUAUAUGCUUUAGCAGUCAUACGUCUUUUCCACUAAUCAACAACAUACUAACAUGCUGUUUAGCAAAGCUACAGGUCAUCUUUCCAUAAUGCUCAAAGAUCUGAAAUAAAACAUAUUAUUUUAACUCAAA